GGGCACCCUCGCUUGACGCCAUAGCCCAGCACCACCACCCCCAGGAAGCUGUCUUCAUACCGAUCCCCACACCGCCUCCCCCACUGCAUGGGAGACCCCACAGACUCCGCAUCUUCCUCACCGGCACCCCCCAAUGGAACCCCCUCAUCUUCCAGCCUGAUCUGAGCAGCGGCGGGGGGAGCGUGUGUGCAGCCUACCCCAGAGGGGAGGUGGUGCUGCGACCUGAUCCCACAGCCCGGUUCUGCCUGCCCACCCCCACUCCCACCAUGCCUCUCCUGUCCCACCUUGGGGCCUCUACCAUCUUCCUCGUCCUGGCCUUGAACCUCCCACUUCACCAGGCCAAGGUGGAGGAGGGGCUGGGGGGCCCAUCCCAGGGAGCAUCAUCGCUGGAUGGGGCUAAUGUCAGCACCUUGUGCCAGGAGACCUCAGAGUGCCAGGAGGGGGUGGUCCUGCCUGUGUGGCUACCCCAGAACCCAUCGGUGGGCGACAAGGUGGCCCGGGCCAUUGUGUACUUCGUGGCGAUGAUCUACAUGUUCCUGGGCAUGUCCAUCAUUGCCGACCGCUUCAUGGCCUCCAUCGAGGUCAUCACCUCGCAGGAGAAGGAGAUCACUGUGAAGAAGGCCAAUGGUGAGACCAGCACCACCACCAUCCGCAUCUGGAACGAGACCGUCUCCAACCUGACGCUCAUGGCGCUGGGCUCCUCGGCGCCCGAGAUCAUGCUCUCCAUCAUUGAGAUCGUGGGCCACGGCUUCCAGGCAGGCGAGAUGGGGCCCAGCACCAUCGUGGGCAGCGCCGCCUUCAACAUGUUCGUCAUCAUUGCCGUGUGCGUGCAUGUGGUGCCCGAGGGCGAGACGCGCAGGAUCAAGCACCUGCGCGUCUUCUUUGUCACGGCCGCCUGGAGCAUCUUCGCCUACAUCUGGCUCUACCUCAUUCUGGCCUGCUUCUCCCCUGGUGAGGUGGAGGUGUGGGAAGGCCUGCUCACCUUCCUCUUCUUCCCCAUCUGCGUGGUGCAGGCCUGGCUGGCUGACCGCCGCCUCCUCUUCUACAAGUACGUGCAGAAGAAGUACCGCGCCGACAAGGCCCGGGGUCUGAUCAUUGAGACGGAAGGCGACACAGCCCUCCCCAAGCUGGAGGUGGAGCUGGACAGCACCCAGGCCAACGGGAUGGUCGAGGCAGGCAAGAACGGGGACGAGGAAGCCCGGCGUGACAUGGCACGCACCCUGAGGGACCUGCGGCAGAAGCACCCAGAGAAGGACAUGGAGCAGCUGAUUGAGAUGGCCAACUACCACGUGCUGGUGCAGCAGCAAAAGAGCCGGGCCUUCUACCGCAUCCAGGCUACCCGCAUGAUGAUCGGAGCAGGCAACAUCCUGAAGAAGCAUGCGGCCGACCAGGCGCGCAAGGCGCUGAGUCUGCCCGAAGUGCGCCCUGAGGAUGACGACUCGCUCACCAGGGUGACCUUUGAGCCGUCGCUCUACCAGUGCUUUGAGAACUGCGGUGCUGUGGUGCUGACGGUGGAGCGGCACGGCGGCGACGUGGCUCGCACGGCUGUGCGUGUGGAUUUCCGCACCGAGGACGGCACAGCCAAUGCUGGCUCGGACUACGAGUACGCCGAGGGCACACUGCUCUUUAAGCCAGGUGAGACACAGCGCGAGAUCCGCGUGGGCAUCAUUGAUGAUGACAUCUUCGAGGAGGACGAGUACUUCCGUGUGCACCUCAGCAAUGUGCGGGCUGCCUGGGCCGAGCCGGGGGCUGAGCCACCCCCUAAGGCCUGCCUGGGCCCUGCUGCCACUGCCACCGUCACCAUCUUUGACGACGAUCAUGCCGGUAUCUUCACCUUCGAGGGUGCCUCAGUGCGGGUCAGCGAGAGUGUGGGGGCCGUGCGGGUACGAGUGCUGCGCACCUCAGGGGCCCGGGGCCGCGUGGCCCUGCCCUACCGCACCAUGGAGGGUACCGCAAAGGCUGGUGAGGACUACGAGGAGGCCGAGGGCAAGGUGGAGUUCCUCAACGAUGAGAUCACGAAAUUCAUCGAGAUUAAAAUAAUCGAUGACGAGGAAUAUGAGAAAAACAAGAAUUUCCACCUGGAGCUGGGGCCCCCUGAACUGCUGGAGAUGGGGCUGAGGCACGGUAUGGGGGGCACAGCACAUGGUAUUGGGGGCUGCAAUGGGGGUGGGGCACUGGGCAGCACAGGGAGGUGGGGUGGGGAAAGCCAGAGAGUAACAGUCCCGCUGCCUCUGCUCACCACAGGUGACUCUAACGAGAACCACCCCACUGAGGGGCAAGAGGGGGCUGCCAUCGCCAAGAUGGGGUGUCCCAGCCUGGGGGAACACCCUAAACUUGAGGUGGUGAUUGAGGAGUCCUACGAGUUCAAGAGUACUGUGGACAAACUGAUCAAGAAAACCAACUUGGCGCUGGUUGUGGGGAGCAGCAGCUGGAGGGAGCAAUUUGUCAGUGCCGUGACGGUCAGCGCUGGGGACGAGGACGAGGACGAGACGGGUGAGGAGCGGCUCCCGUCCUGCUUCGACUACAUCAUGCACUUCCUGACCGUGUUCUGGAAGGUUCUCUUCGCCUUUGUGCCCCCCACUGAGUACUGGGGGGGCUGGGCCUGUUUCCUUGUCUCCAUCGCACUCAUUGGGGUGCUCACCGCGCUCACCGGCGACCUGGCCUCCCACUUCGGUUGCACCGUUGGCCUCAAGGACUCAGUCACUGCUGUGGUCUUCGUGGCCCUUGGCACCUCUGUGCCUGACACCUUUGCCAGUCGGGCAGCGGCAAUCCAGGACCAAUACGCGGAUGCCUCCAUCGGCAACGUGACGGGCAGUAACGCAGUCAAUGUCUUCCUGGGCCUAGGGGUGGCCUGGACCAUUGCGGCCGGGUACUGGGCCAGCCAGGGCCAGCGCUUUGUGGUGGCACCGGGCUCGCUGGCCUUCUCCGUCACGCUUUUCACUAUCUUUGCCCUGCUGAGCAUCGCUGUGCUGCUGUACCGGCGCCGCGCGCCCAUGGGGGGUGAGCUGGGGGGUCCCCGCACCCCCAAAAUCCUCACUGCCCUGCUCUUCUUCUGUUUCUGGCUCCUCUACAUCUUGCUGGCUGCUCUGGAGGCUUACUGCCACAUCCAGGGCUUCUGAGGGGUGAGGGGCUGAGAGACAGACCCCCAUUCUCUGGCUGGUGGGAACUCCCCCCAGCCUCAGUUCUGGGUGGGGAGAACUGGCCUGCCCCAGUCCCUGGGAGGCGAGGCAUCUGGCUGGGGGUGGGAAACACUCACAUCGCCUGGGAAGCUAUGCGCCCAGCUCAGUGCUCCACAGGGGAGCGGGGGGAAGCACAACAGGUGCUGCAGGAGCAAAGGACAUUCCAACCUCCCCCAUCGCCUGCCCCCCCUCAAACUGGGGAAGCCUCCCACACUGCAGAGUCCCUUUCCUGCACCCUGGGCACCCCUCCAGCUCUGGGGAAACCCUCAGCCCCCAACUCUGUUCAAAAGGGGACAAAGGACAUUCCAACUGUAGACUGCCCCCCCCAGUGCACUUUGAAUUUAGCCAGGGGCAAAGGUCAUUCCAUCCACCCCCACCCUCGAGAGCCCCUCCUGCCCCAAGUCCCUCCCACUGGCAGUGUCCCUACUUGUGCCAUGGGGUAGCAAGGACCCAGGAGGGGGUAAACCCUGCCUGCAGGUGGCAGGAUAGUGGGGGGGGGGCAUGCUAGCAGGGGCUGGUAAGGAAUGUGGCAUUUGGUACAUAGCAGCAGCCCCACCUGCAGGGCUGCAAGGCUCAGCACACAAAAGGGGUAGGGGGAGGAUCAGUCUCUCUCUCAUCCACUGUUUUUAAACCUCCCUGCUCCAAAGCACAGGGACCCUUGUGUCCCCCACCCCUAAACACCAUUAUUAAUGAACUCUCACUAGGACAAGGGGGGAAGAGACACCCCCCCAUGGGGUCUCAGUGGGGGGAACAGGCUCCAAAUUCUCCCCCAUUGCCCGCCAAAACAGCACAAAGUCUUGCUAACAAAAAUAGCAACAAAUUGGGGUCCAUUCCCCUCCGUCCAUUCCGUUGCCUACAGAAUCCAGAUUUCUAUGCUGUUGAUUUUAUUUUAUUUAAAAAGAUAGAAAAUAAUAUUUUAUUUUGUAUUUAAGAACAACAACAGAGCCCCACUCUCCAGCUUCCCCCCCGGAGAACUGGGCUGUGGGGCUAACUGAUGCAGCCAUACCCCUCGUCCCGUGCAUGGUGUCCCAUCCUGGCAUCUGUCUGUCGUUAGCAUCUGUGAGUCAAUAUAUGUGUUUGCACUUGUCCAUCUGUCUGUCCGUGUCUGCCUGUUGCUGGCUAGUUAAACCCACAAUGUUUCCUGCCCCUAGCAGUUCCCCCUUCCCUAUCACACUCCCAUUGCCUGCAUCUUUCAUUUGUUAAGGGAAAAAAAAAAAAAGAAAGAAAAAUAGAAACAAAACUUUGUACUAAAAGUGUUGUGUCUUUGUGCUCCAGGGGGUGCU